AUGGCCGAACGAGUCACAUCCAUCACGGAUCUCCCACUCGAUAUCCUCGUACUCGUAUUCCCGUACCUAGACGCAAAGAGUUUCCUCAGUCUGUGCAGUACAUGCAAAUCGUUUCAGCAGCCCUCGAUACGACUCGACCCCGCCUAUUGGAGCUACACCACCCGCACCACUUUCCGCGUACCUAACCAGCCAGUCGUCCAGCAUAACGGUGUUCGGUGGCAGAAGAUGUAUCGUCGGCUGCUCACUCAGAGCCGUGUCUUCACGUGGGGUCAGAAUGGCCAUAACCGUUUGGGACACGCUUCCCGUCCCGAGACCACUUUGUUUCCUCACAUGCCCCAUAUAAGGGCAAAUCUGAUGCGACCAGGCCGUCCUACUAGUUACAACUCAAAGGAAGCACAUCCGAUAGAAAUGGACAACACGCGAAAUCUGGGCGUCAUUGCAGACAUGCAAUGCGGAGGCUGGUCGACAACCCUUCUCACCUCCAAGGGCUCUUUGCAUACUGCGGGAGUCCUUGAUGGCCAAAGAAUCACCUACGGCACCGGCCCCCUCCAAGCUCUCCGUUUUCCAGAAGGUUACCCAACCAAUGCUACCCAAGCUCAAUACGAAGAGCCAGCAGUUGCCAUUCGCCAAUUCUCCUCGGGUCGAGCACACAUACUAGCGCUUUCAGACAGUGGCAGGCUAUGGUCGUGGUUCGACACAAGGGAACCUGCUCUGCAAGUCAAAUUUGCGACCCUGCAAAUCAAUGAGCUCUCUUUGCGUGGGACGUCGAGCACCGAAUCUACUUUUGGACAGAUCAAACAAGUCGUAGCAGGGUGGAGUCGAAGUUCGGCCCUUGUGAAUGGUAUUGGCAUAGUUAUAUGGGAUCCAGUUGAAAGAGAUCAUGGUGACGGAGGCACAGACACCAUGCUCGUUAUGGAACAUGCAGAAGUCCCGAAGACUGGCUAUCAGCGUCUCAAAGGUGCUCGCGAGAGCGAUGAGCAGAGAGAAUUAAGUGAAGAGGUGGGAGCAGUGAUGAAUUACAUUAUGUUGGAGCACUUUGUCGUGUUUACCACCGACUUAGGCAAGGUGUUCUGCGGAAGAUUUGGAGAAAAGAACGCUAUCGACAGAGUCGUGGAGCUACGUCAACUGCGUCAUGAGAAAGGCGCUCCUGUCGAUGUUCAAGGCUCUUUCCGCAGCUUCGCUGUUUUCAAGGACGGUGAGGUUAUAAUCAGCGACCAGAACUACCUCGAAUCAUGCAUACAGCAUCUGCACGAGAAUCCAGAACAAAAAGACAUACCGGGCUUGAAAAAGAUACCGGCUCUGCAGCACAACGACGUUAUCUCGGUCGCUUUUGGCGAUUAUCACUACCUUGCACUCCACGCGAACGGAAAGAUUACAUCAUAUGGCAUGGAGAAUACAGCCUGUGGAGCGCUUGGCCUGGGCUCAAACGAUGACAGUGUAGUCGGAAAGGCUCGCGGUAUUUCGUACGACAGGUUCAAUGCCAAUGGGCGCUUGCUGCCUCAUGCUUACACAUCCGGUCGCCAGGUCUGGUUCGACGCAAGGAAAAAUGAAUGGCUUGCGCAAACUGUGCAUGAUGAUGCACACGAUCAAGAAAGCCAUGAACGCAAACAAAUGUGGAAUGAUGAUACCGAUGUACAAGGGGAAGUCAGUGAGUGGUUCGAACAAGAAGCCAGAGCCUGGGAUCAAGAUGGCGGCGAAGAUGGCCUCGGCGCGCACUUCGUUCUGCGGGUCAGUGCUGCAGGCUGGCAUUCCGGUGCUCUAGUCCUAGUCAAUGAGGAGUUGGCCCAAAAAGAGCCUAUUUAUAACCGCGAGGCGAGACGAUUCCCAAGACUCAGGCUUUCUGAUGGCAGAGAGAUGCCAGGUGAAAAAGACUUUGACGAAUGGAGGGAGGGCCGACCGGUCUUUCAGCUCGAUGCUCAGUUUUGA